UUGUUUCUCUCUUUGUAUGAGUAGUUGUGUUUUUCGAAACAGAAUUGAGUAAAUCCUGAAAUAAGUGUCAAAAGCCAGCAAAAUGGGUAAAGGAUUCAACAAUUACAUGUGUAAGAAGUUUUUCCAUCCUGGAUCCCGUGACAAUCUUAAAAGGGUUUGGAUGGCCCAACAAAAAACAGAUGCAGAGAAAAAGAAGCAGGAAGAGUUAAAAGCUCAGUAUGAGAAAGAGCAAGAUUUAUAUGUCAACAAAUCGCUUGUCAGCAAAGAAAGCAAAGAAAAAUUGAGUGUCAAUUUUUUAUAUGAACCACCACCAGGAAUGAAAAAGGAGAGAGAGAGGGAAGACGGAGAACCAGAAUUCAAAUUUGAAUGGCAAAGAAAAUACAAUGCUCCUCGUGAAGACUAUUGUCGUGACAAUGAAGAUAUUCGUGAUCAACCAUUCGGCAUUGCAGUUAGAAAUGUCCGUUGCAUUAAAUGCCACAAAUGGGGACAUGUUAAUACUGACAGAGAAUGCCCUUUGUUCAACAAGGCCAGAGAUGCCUUUGACGAAGCAGUUGCCGGACCAGAUCCCUCUAGUAAAUUGAUGAAUGACAUGAAAGAAACUGGUUUGGCUAUGACUAAAAGUGCCAUUAACACUUUAGAACAAAUGUCUAUUCCCAUGCAGGGGCUAUUAAACAAAUCAGAAGAGGAACCAAUUGCUGAGGAAUUGUCAUUUCUAAAAACCCUAUCAACUAAAGAAAAGAAGAAACUAUUAAAGAAGUUGGAAAAAUUGGAAGACAAACAAAAAGGAAAGAAAAAAAAGAAAGAGAAAAACAGAAGAGAAAGCAGCAGCCCUCCUCAGCUCAAAUCAUCCUCGUCGAAUAAGGAGGAUAGCAAAAAGUCAAGCCGAACCUAUGAGGAUGAUACUGUUAGCCGCCGCGAAGAACCAUCUCACAGCCAUUACAGACGAUCGCGGUCCAGAGAGAGAGGAGAACGCACUCGAGCCCAUGAGAGAGAUAAUACAAGUCGAGUCCGUGAGAGGGAUGGUGCUAGUCGAGCCCAUGAGAGGGAUAGUAAUCAUCGAGUCCAUGAGAGAGAUGGUAACAAUCGAGCCUCAGAAAGGGAUAGUACUAAUCGAGCCUAUGGAAAGGAUAGUACUAGUCGACGCCCAGAACCAUCACGCAGCCAUGACAGACGAUCUCGAUCAAGAGAAAAAGGAGAACGCAAACGGAGACGCGGAGAAUCAGCCGACAGAAAGAGUGAGAAAAGACAUAGAGAGUAACACCGAAAUAUUAAAACAGACUACGCUUCUGUAUUUUUUAAAUAACGACAAUACAUGUAUUGUGAGACAA